AUGACGAACAAGAGACGUUUAUCACUAUCGGCAGCUGAAACCUUGAUGGAAGAAGAGGUGAAUAAGAAACAACGACUCUCAAUUCCCACGACCAAAACCUCAAUUCAAGCCGUCGAGAGCAUGGACGAGAUGGAGAACAAGGAGAAAAUGCAAAUCGCUUCACCCCCAUCCCAGAAUCUGUCCAACAUGGAGAUCGACUGCCAAAAAUCAAAGUUUCCACAAGAAAUUCUCCGCAUGAUUUGCUCUCACGUUUAUCGAUACGACCUUCCCAAUCUAAGAUUUGUCUCAAAGGAAUUUUCCAGCGCAGCAGCGACUAUUUUGUUCAGACACAUAUCAUUCGAAUUCGCAGCUUUUUCAUUUCAAAAGUUAUUGAAUAUUUCCCACAGCAAUAGCCUUCGACCCCACGUUUCAACGCUCACUUAUCGGUGUGUGUAUACGAAUGAAGAUUCGGAAGACUAUUGGUGUCCAGAAUAUACUGCGUAUCACUUCUCACAUCAAUCCGAGAUGGCAGAUGCUCUAAAGCGCCUUUCAAGUGUCACAAAUAUCCGAAUUAUCCGGGAUAAUUAUCCUUCUCAUGAAGAGUUUUCCCCCAAUUCAAAAGGAUCAUUUGAUACAGUCUGGAACUUUUUGAAAUUAGUACUUGGUAAUGUAUCCAAUCCAAGAGAAUUGGAAGUAGUACUACCCGUAUCUGAACCUGAUAUCUACGAGCGGAGUAUUACAGCAUUCUCUAAGAAGGAGAUCGAAAAACUCGACAAAUUAAAAUAUUUCCACCUUUCUGUCACCCAAUUCCUCGCCCCUCAUGUCCCCGCACUUCUUGAUUGCAUGAAAAAUAUCAGGUCACUUUCUUUUGGCGACCCAGACGAUAUGUAUAGGCCACCUGGGGAUCCCGGGAAAGAUAUUUCCGAAUUCGUCAACCCAAGUACAACAUUUCCGUCAUUGGAAUGUCUCGCACUCAAAGGUUUGUAUUUGAAUGAGCAGUAUUUCCAAGAAUUCUUACUCAAUCACGCGCAUUCUUUGCGUUCACUCGAGCUUAGCAAUAUGACCAUUGAAAUUACAAAGGAAGAGGUCAAGUCCAAGGAAUAUCUGAAAAGUAAUUCAUGGAUUCGAAUGUUCUACUUUUUCGCUCAAUCAUUACAUCUAGAGGAUAUUAAACUCUGUGACAGACUGCUUACGUCGUGUUCGGGAUAUUGGGAAUCAGAUUGUGGAUGUGAAUUUGGUUACCCCUGCCAUUGUCGUCCAUCGGUUUUGUUGUCGCGCCUUACAAAUUUCAUUACCCAUGUUGAAGGCUCAUCAUUUCCUUUACCACAUCCAGAUGACGACCUUAGGUAUGUGGAUAUGAGAAGGUACUUCAAUUUUAAACACUACAAUGCCCCAACACCAGUUGGCAUUUAUUGGGAACCACAAACAUCAAGGAUAGCACAUAUUCGAUUAUUAGAAAGAGAACCAUUAAAGAUUUCUACCUUCAAAGAAUACAUGUCGUUCACUAAAUCAGAGUCAGAGAAUGGUGGGGGAGCGGAGGCAGAGGAGGAGUCAGAGGAGGAGUCAGAGGAGGAGUCAGAGGAGGAGUCAGAGGAGGAGUCAGAGGAGGAGUCAGAGGAGGAGUCAGAGGAGGAGUCAGAGGAGGAGUCAGAGGAAGAGGCAGAGGAGGAGGCAGAGGACGAGGCAGAGGAAGAAAUACCGAACAGACCUGAGGACAACUCUCCACGACACUCCGCAUUCGAUUACACCUUGACUCAAAUUCGAAUCAACAGAAACUCAUGGAGCGAUGAGGAGACGGAGUUAGUAAUGGAUACCUUACUCGAGGGAUUUACAGAAGGGGAUGAAUGA